UUGCCCCCUUUCCGCUGGGGGCCUGAGGCGCCGACUCAUCGCGCCGUCCCCUCGUCCUCGGUCUCCACUCCCAGAGGCUCUCCUCUCGUGCUCGCCCGCCGCCUUGCGCCGAUCUCUCCCGCAACCACAGUUUCCGUCGUCGUCGCCGGUUCCGCCAUUAUGGACGACUUCAUCGACCCCUACGAGGAAGCCGAGGCCGAGGCCGCCGCGGAAGCCGCCGGAUUGACCGAGCCGGCGGCGGACGAAUCCGGCGACGAGUCCGACGAGGAGGACGACUCGGAGGCCGAGAGCGACUACGAGGAGAAGUCGUACGGCCUCCUCAAGUCCGGCAAUCACCGGGUGCGCAACCCGGACGGCACCUUCCGCUGCCCCUUCUGCCCCGGCAAGAAGAAGCAGGACUACAAGCUCAAGGACCUCCUCCAGCACGCCGACGGCAUCGGCGUCUCCAGCAAGCACCGCCGCCACGGCCGGGAGCGCGCCUUCCACCGUGCCUUUGCUCGAUUCGUCCGCACCGAUCCGUCCUUCGCGCAAGAACUUGCCAUCAUCAAUGCCAAACCCGGUGCCACUGUAACUGCCAUUGCUGAUGCUAGUGCUAAUUCUAAUGCCAGUGCCAAGGAAGAGGCUGAUGCCAAUGGCGAUACCGAUGGAUCUACUUCGGUAACAGCGGCUAUGGGGGUUAAACAGGAGGAGAAGUUUGCUUGGCCAUGGAGCGGGGUUCUUGCAGCUGGUGCAGGAUUCAAUUCUGAGAACUUUGCGGAUAGAGUGGCAAUGUUUAAUUUGGAUGAUGUUGUACCUUUAGUUGUUGAUGAUGUGGAAGGUAUUGAGAGCUUUGCAAUUGUGAGGUUUGGUAAUGGUUGGGGUGGAUUUGGGGAUGCACUCACACUCGAGAACCAUUUCAACAAGAAUAAGCUUGGGAAGAAGGAGUGGGAGGCAUGGAUUAGUGCUGGAGAUUCUAUGAUGGGAGAGAAUGGGGAGACAGAUGUUAAGGUUUAUGGUUGGGUUGCCCGAGAAGCUGACUACAAUGCAGGGAAUGUGGUAGGGAGGUACUUGAGGAAGCAUACCAAUCUGACAACAAUAGAUGAGGUCUCCAAGAGUGAAUCAGAGAAGUCCGGGAAGAUGGUAGCGAUACUGGCAACUCAGAUCGAGGCAAAAAACCGCUACCUGCAGGAUUUGGAGACAAAAAAGAAUGCAACAGAACUCUCCAUUUCAAGACUUGAGGAGGACAACAGGAAGCUACAUGAGGCAUAUAAUGAAGAAAUGCGCAAUCUGCACCGCAAAGCUCGUGAUUAUGCUUUGAGGGUUUUCCAGGACAAUGAAAACUUGAAGCUUGAAUUAGAUAGCAGGAGGAGAGAAUUGAAUUCGCGCGCUAAGCAGCUUGAAAAGAUAACAGCUGAGAAUGCAAGCGAUAGGAAAAAACUUGAUGAUCAGAAGCAAAAGGCAAAGGAUGAUAAUAGUGAACUUGAGCUGGCAAGCAUAGAACAGCAGAGGGCGGAUGAAGAUGUUUUGAAGCUAGUUGAGGACCAGAAGAGGGAAAAGGAAGAUGUCCUUGCGAGAAUGCUUCAGCUAGAAAAAGAGCUGCAUGAAAAACAGCAACUUGAGCUUGAAGUAACACGGUUGAAUGGUACACUCCAAGUGAUGAAGCAUUUGGAAGGAGAUGAUGAUGGGGAUAUUAGUGAGAAGAUGGAGAAACUGAGUGAAAGAUUAGAACAUGAAAAGAAACGCCUGGAAGAACUGAGUGGGGAACUGGUGAAGAAAGAACGUGAAAGCAACGAUGAGUUACAAGAGGCCAGAAAAGAAUUGAUAACGGGUUUGGAGGACAUGCUAACUGGGCGAACUGCUAUUGGGAUAAAAAGGAUGGGGGAACUGGAUGAGAAACCUUUCCAAAAUGCAUGCAGGAGGAAGUAUGGAAAUGAUGAUUAUGAGACCAAAGCUGCGGAGCUGGUCUCAAGUUGGCAGGAGGAAAUAAAGAAGCCAUCCUGGCAUCCUUAUAAGAUUGUAACUAUUAAUGGUGAAGACAAGGAAGUUGUAGAUGACGACGACACAAAACUGCGGCACUUGUGGAUCGAGUACGGUGAUGAUGUCUGCAAUGCAGUGAAGACCGCGUUGAGUGAGGUCAAUGAAUACAAUGCCAGUGGACGUUAUGUUGUUCCUGAGCUGUGGGACUUCAGGAAAGGCCGAAAGGCGACGAUGAAGGAGGUGCUCAAGUACAUCUUUGGACAGAUGGAGACAACAGGCAAGCGCAGGAGGGGCUGAGGAUGUAGCCGUAUGCUGCUGGAUUAUGCCUGGACCUGCCAUUGCCAUUUCAAGAGCAGUUGGCCCCUGCUCUCCUGACAUAAGUGGUCUAUCUUAUGAACCACUCCAUCACAUUCUGAUGUGCAUGUGAUGCUGUUGCUUGCAGCCUUAUGCUUCUUCCUCCCAUAAACUAAGGUGGCCUGGCCAGUGAACUCUAAUAACAAACCAUGCCUCAGCCGAUGUUCGGAGGGCAUGUAGAUUGUGCAGUUCUGUAGAUAUGUACUAGUAGGUGCAGCUAGCCGUGCUUAAUUGCUUAUCUCUGUAGUCUGUUAUCUGGAUUAUCAUGUUGCUUGAUCCAACCCGAUGCCAUUUCGCCAGUUUCUAUGAUUUUUUUUCUUCGAAGCAUGCAUGAUGAUACCUCUUUA